UCAUUACGGCGCUUAGAAGGAGGUCUUACUUGAAUAAGGCGCUCUAAGAGAAACCGGAACGUCACAUUCUGUUUUUUGUAGAAGUUCUAUUUUGACUUUCUAAGCCUUUUUUUUUUUCUUUAAUGAAAUCUGCUUUGGACCCAAAGUAUACAUUGGGCACAGCCGGAUUCGCACAGAUUAGCUACAUUAUUUUCUAAAAGACUUCGGGUCUGAUAUCUUGAGCACAGAGCGUUUACAACGCUGGAUUCAUCCAUCAGAUUAUAAACGUAAGACUGGAGAGAAAAAUCAGAAGAAGCUUGUUAUGAUGAGGGCACACUUGAUACAAGAGCCUGGAAACCUAGCUGGCGUCCGGCACAUCAUCCUCGUCCUCUCGGGAAAGGGGGGCGUCGGGAAGAGCACCAUCUCCACGGAGCUGGCGCUGGCCCUGCGCCACACGGGCAAGAAGGUGGGGAUCCUGGACGUGGACCUGUGCGGCCCCAGCAUCCCCCGCAUGCUCCGAGCGCAGGGCAGGGCGGUGCACCAGGGCGACAGCGGCUGGGUGCCCGUCUUCGUGGACCGGGAGCAGAGCAUCUCCCUCAUGUCCGUGGGCUUCCUGCUGGAGCAGCCGGAUGAGGCUUUGGUGUGGAGAGGCCCCAGGAAGAACGCGCUGAUAAAGCAGUUUGUGUCCGACGUGGCCUGGGGGCAGCUGGACUACCUGGUUGUGGACACGCCCCCAGGGACCUCUGACGAGCACAUGGCCGUGGUGGAUGCCCUGCGCCCCUACAGUCCCCUGGGGGCCCUCGUGGUCACCACGCCCCAGGCUGUGUCCGUGGGGGACGUGAGGCGGGAGCUGACCUUCUGCAGGAAGGUGGGGCUGCAGGUGAUCGGGCUCGUGGAGAACAUGAGCGGCUUUGUCUGCCCCCACUGCUCGGAGUGCACCAAUGUCUUCUCCAAGGGAGGCGGUGAGGAGCUGGCGAGACACGCCGGAGUCCCCUUCCUGGGCUCGGUGCCUCUCGACCCCAAGCUAACGCGGAGCCUGGAGGACGGCCGGGACUUCAUCCAGGACUUCCCCGAAAGCCCCGCGUUCCCUGCGCUCUCCUCCAUCGCCCAGAAGAUUCUCAGCGAGACGCCCGUGGGGCUCUCCUGACCAAGGCAGGCUGAGCGCUUCUGUGCGCUGUGGGGUUGGAGGUCUGGGGUGGGGACCUGGCCAGGCCCUGCGUGCCUCUCUCCCUACGGGGCCCGUCUGGGACGUUUCUGGAGCUUUGGCAGCAUCUUGGCUGAGCCAGUGACAGUGAGUGGCUCUGCCCGGUCACCCGGGGACGGCGUGGGGUCCCUGUGCCGUGGCCUGCCCUCCCUGCUGGCGCAGCUCAGUACCCCCGUAGCCCGAACAGACAGCUGCUCCCACCAGCCGAGUCUCCACGUUGUUCACAGAGCUGGUGCAUCUGGAAGCUUUCCUGGCCCGCUGGCCCGGAAGCCCAGUGAAGGAGGCAACACCCAGUAAGGUGUCAAACUUGUAACUCAGAGGAGCCCGCAAUAAAUGCAUUCCACCACUGUGUUCA